AUGCCUCGUGUGAGGGGACAGUUCGAAAAAAUAUUCGCAAUCUCUAUGCCAUCACGAAGUGACAAACGGGACAGCGUUGCCGUCCAAGCUUCUCUCACAAACUUCGAUGUGGAAUUUGUCGAUGGUGUCGCAGGAGACGAGGUCGACAAGAAGGCUUUGCCCUGGAAAAUGAGCCAAAAGCCGAAUGUUGUGGGAUGCUGGCGGGCGCACCUGGACGUGCUACAAAGGAUCGUUAAGGAGAACAUCCAAUCAGCACUCAUCUUGGAGGACGAUGCCGACUGGGAUGUCGGCAUCCGCGCACAACUAACACAAUUGGCUCGUGGUGCGAGGUAUAUACAAGAUGUGGAAGAGGACGCGGUCUCAAGAUCCCCAUACGGCGACAAAUGGGAUAUGCUGUGGGUGGGCCACUGUGCCCAAUUCACAAUGAAGUCAGAUCCGCGGCGGUGGGUCAUUACCAAUGAUCCAACAGUCGAACCGGUACCACACAGAAAGUACUGGAUGGAAAACCCAGACAUGUCCAAGUGGGAUCAUCCAGACAAUGCUGUCAACGACACACGAAUUGUAUUCCGUUCUUCUGGCGGCAUAUGUACUGCAGGUUUGGCCGUCUCACUUGCCGGAGCUCGAAAAGCACUCCUUCACAUGAGCAUGUCGCCCUUUAACAGACCCGUCGACUGGGGCUAUGAUGGCUUUUGUAAACGGAAAGACACUCAGACCUUUUGCAUCUCAUCGUUCCCUACUUUGGUCGGCGUCAGUCGACCAGCAGGCCCACGCAGCAAAAACAGCGACAUCACUGUUCAUGAGGGCCUUUUCGAAAAACCCCAAUCAGAAAGGCUCGUCUUUUCCACUCGACUCAACCUACAGAGGCUUAUGACUGGCGCAACCAAAUUCUUCAAUACUUAUGAUCCUGACAUCGAACUGACUCGAGACGAGAUAGCGGCUGGGAUCGGCCACCCCGAAGAUGCACCAGACACCUCUCCGGAGGACGAAGACGUGGCAGAUACCUCUCCGGAGGAUGAAAAGAAUUAA